AUGAAGGUUGCUGCCACCAUUGCCCUCGCGGCCCUUGCCGCCGCCGCUCCUCCCUCGGCCACCGUCAAGGAAUCUCCCCGCGCCGUUGCCGCUGAGUGCGAGUCCGCCGUCACCCUCGACGCCAGCACCAACAUCUGGAAGACCCACAAGCUCCAUGCCAACAACUUCUACCGAAGCGAGAUCGAGGAGGCCGUCACCACCAUGUCCGACGAGUCCCUGAAGACGAAGGCUCUUGCGGUUGCUGAUAUUGGUACUUUCGUCUGGGUUGACACCCGAUCCGCCAUUGAGCGGCUCAAGAAGGCCGUCGAGGAUGUUCCUUGCGAGGAGAUCCUCGGCGUCGUCAUCUACGAUCUUCCCGGCCGUGAUUGUGCCGCCAAGGCCUCCAACGGUGAGCUGAAGGUUGGCGAGAUCAACAUCUACAAGACCGAGUACAUUGACCCCAUCGUCGAGAUCCUCAAGAGCAAGCCCAACACCGCCUUCGCUCUCGUCAUCGAGCCCGACUCGCUCCCCAACCUGGUCACCAACGCCGAUCUUCAGACCUGCCAGGACUCCGCUGCCGGCUACCGUGACGGCGUUGCCUACGCUCUCAAGAACCUCAACCUCCCCAACGUCGUCAUGUACAUCGACGCCGGCCACGGUGGCUGGCUCGGCUGGAACGACAACCUCGAGCCCGGCGCGAAGGAGCUUGCUGACGCCUACAAGGCCGCCGGCAGCCCCUCGCAGGUCCGUGGUAUCGCUACCAACGUCGCCGGCUGGAACGCCUGGGAUCUCAGCCCCGGCGAGUUCUCCGAUGCCACCGAUGCCGAGUGGAACAAGUGCCAGAAUGAGAAGAUCUACGUCGAGACUUUCGGUGCUGAGCUCAAGUCUGCUGGCAUGCCCAACCACGCCAUCGUCGACACUGGCCGAAACGGUGUCCAGGGUCUCCGUGAGGAGUGGGGCAACUGGUGCAACGUCGACGGUGCCGGCUUCGGUAUCCGACCUUCUGCCGACACCGGCUCCGAGCUUGCUGAUGCUUUCGUCUGGGUCAAGCCCGGUGGUGAGUCUGACGGUACCAGCGACGAGAGCGCUACCCGUUACGAUUCGUUCUGCGGCAAGCCCGAUGCCUUCAAGCCUUCUCCCGAGGCCGGUAGCUGGCACCAGGCGUACUUCGAGAUGCUCAUCAAGAACGCCAAGCCCGCGUUCUAA